AUGUUGUUACUAUUCCUUGUCGUUACAGCGCUCGCAGCACCAAAACCAAACAAAGAAGCCAAAGCGCAAAAGAAGGCAGUUACACAAUACAAAAAGACGGUAACAGAUGUUUUGAACCAAGUGAAGAUGCCUCGAGUACAGUCAACUAGCAACUUUAACAUGUAUCCAAGACAGUAUGGACCACUUUCAGAUUCGAUGUACUCGCCAUUAUCCAAUCCCGUCUACAACUCGGUUUAUGGAAAUCCGUAUUCAUACUCUUCAAUGUUCAGACCAAGUUUCAAUGCAUACAACCCUUACUCAUUUUAUGGUAACAAGUUAGGCAUGUAUGGAGGUAUGGACAUCCCAUUGGGACAAAAUACACAAUACGGGAGACAUCAUAUCUUCCCCGGGAUGAAAUAUGGUAUGUUCCCUAAUGGAUACCCACUUGGGUAUAACUACGCGUCUUAUGGAUUCCACCCGAGAUAUUCGAGAUAUUCCCAAUUCGUUAAUUAUGACCCAUUGAACAACCCAUAUCAUAACUGA